CGCGGGGGGACGGGCUCAGGCUGGGCUCUGUGCGUGCGAGCUCGCCCGGGAAUAAAUAGCAUCCACCCCGAGCAGGGCGGCUGCUCCAUUGCUGGUUACCUGAGCCGGGAAACCACGUGAGUGCCACAUCAGCGGCGCUUUUUAGCCUGAAAGUCACAGAAAGGAAACAGGAACCGGAGAAGCGGCUGGGGCCGGCCGGCCGGCGUGUGGCUUUGGGAGGGCGGGCCGCUGGCCAGUCCGUAUCUUCCCCCCCCCCCACACACACAACCAGGGCGGGCCUGAUCCUCGCCGCUGCCCUGGAGGCUGCUGCGGAGCGAGCCCGGCCCGCAGGCGCUGGUUGAGCGAGGAGGCUCCCUCCCAGCCGCGCGCGCUUCCCCGGGGCGCGGGGCCAGCUCGAUCUGCGGGAGCGGCAGGGCGGCGGCGGAAGAUGCUGCAGUCCCUGGCCGGCUGCUCGUGCGUGCGGCUGGUGGAGAGGCACCGCUCCGCCUGGUGCUUCGCCUUCCUGGUGCUGGGCUACCUGCUCUACCUGGUCUUCGGCGCCGUGGUCUUCUCCUCGGUGGAGCUGCCCUACGAGGACCUGCUGCGCCAGGAGCUGCGCAAGCUGAAGCGGCGCUUCCUGGAGGAGCACGAGUGCCUGUCGGAGCAGCAGCUGGAGCAGUUCCUGCGGCGGGUGCUGGAGGCCAGCAACUACGGCGUGUCCGUGCUGGGCAACGCCUCGGGCAACUGGAACUGGGACUUCACCUCCGCGCUCUUCUUCGCCAGCACCGUGCUCUCCACCACGGGUUAUGGUCACACUGUGCCUUUGUCGGAUGGAGGAAAGGCCUUCUGUAUUAUAUACUCCGUCAUCGGAAUCCCCUUUACGCUGCUUUUCCUGACAGCUGUGGUGCAGCGUAUCAUAGUCUAUGUCACCAGACGGCCUGUACUAUAUUUCCACAUUCGCUGGGGCUUCUCCAAGCAGAUUGUUGCCAUCAUCCACGCAGUGAUUCUUGGGUUUGUUACCGUCUCAUGCUUUUUCUUUAUCCCGGCAGCAGUAUUUUCUGUUGUGGAAGAUGACUGGAACUUUUUGGAAUCUUUUUACUUUUGUUUCAUUUCCCUGAGCACCAUUGGUCUUGGCGACUAUGUUCCAGGAGAAGGUUACAAUCAAAAAUUCAGAGAGCUGUAUAAGAUAGGAAUUACGUGUUACCUGCUGCUGGGCCUCAUUGCAAUGUUGGUGGUUCUAGAAACUUUCUGUGAACUUCAUGAGCUCAAAAAGUUUAGAAAACUGUUUUAUGUGAAGAAGGACAAGGAAGAGGACCAAGUGCAUAUAGUGGAACAUGACCAGCUUUCCUUCUCUUCGAUUUCAGACCAAGCAGCUUCCAUGAAGGAGGAUGAAAAAGCAAAUGAGCCUUUUGUGACUGUUCAACCUGCAACUUACUAUGAUGGCUGUAUAAACAAUUAAUACGAGGGCAUCCAUACCAAUAUUAUAGUGCACUUACAUCAUUACAGUAAGAAAUAGAAUGCCUCUUUAUUUUUUGUGGGGAGGAAAUUUUUAGAGAAGAAAGGAGACUGUGCUGCUUUAAUCAGUAUUCAUCAUUUCAGAUGCUGAAAAGACUUCUGACACAAAUGAAUGUUGCUAAAAUGGAGUUACACGGGGAGAGUGGGAGGAUAUGUAGCAGCUGGGAAGUAGUGCUUUAUGCACAUCCCUGUCCAGUUAGCAGCCCUAUGGGCAGUGUGCAGUGAAAGUUGAAGUGGCCAGCCUCUCCACCAGGUUUCUGCAGUGGGAUCCUGCCCCAUUAAAGUCAGCAGUGAUAGAUAUGCUCCAGUUCAACCACAAGCUGCCAGGCUAGAUGCAGGAAUCAUUGAGUGAAAUUCAACAGCCUGUGUUAUGCAGGUAGUCACACUAAAUGAUCAUAGUGGUCUCUUUGGGCCUUAAAAUCUGCGCCAUGAGAGUUUUACAACUGACUUUAAUGGACAUAGGAUCUGGAUCCUGUAGCACAAGUAGCCAUAUUAAGACUGCCUCCUACAAAAGAGCAGUACUAGGGAAAGCCCUCUCCCUUGCAGUAUGUGCAUGCCAGAUGGGCCAUAACUUGGCUGUUAGUGUUCAAAGAUGAAUAUCUUACUGUAAUAAAGCAGCAAAAUUAAAGUGUCUGGACUUAGCUGACAUGAGAAGAAUACUUGAAAUUAAUUACCUAAAAGAUACCAUAUGUGAGUUUAGUUAUAGCUAGUGUUGAGCAGAUUUUAUACCUUUUCGGGGAAACUUUACUUUAUGGUUUAAAUCCAUUAAAUCUAUAUGACUAAAACUUAUAUUUAAGAAAAUAGAGCUAAAGAUGUUUUGUUAGGUUGAAGCAUACUGUAUUUGCAUGUUCCCAACAAAGUGGCUAUUUUUGUACCCAGCCUAAGUUAAAACAACUCUAUUUAUAAUGAAAGUUUAACUAGUAUUUGUGUACAUAUAUACAUAAAUAAAUAUAUUUAUCUACUGUACAUAUAUUGUAGCCUACUAGUUUAUCUGAUUUAGGAAUGAUAUUUUAGGUAGAUUUUUUUUCCCCUGCUAGAUUUUGUCUUUAUAAAAGGAAUAACUCAAAAUUGAAGCACUAAAAAUGUUGACUUUAAGAUUUAAGAGUAGUGUACAAGGAACAUUUCUACUGUUUUUCAGUGAAGUUUUUGAAGUUGAUUGAUUGUCUUUAGUACUUGAAAACACACAAUUUCUGUCAAGCUGAAUGUAUUACUAAGCUCUGAAGAACAUGACAUGCAUAGAAACUAAGUGAUGUGUGCACAAACUGCGAAGUACAGACACUUGAUACUAAAGCACAGAAUUAAAUAUAGAAGAAAGAAGCUGAACAGUCUGCUGUGGUGUAUGUGAAUAUACAAUAUUUUAAACGUAAAGUUAAAUAAAAAAAGUUUGUGGCUUCUGGCUGCCUGUACUUAA